AUGGCGCCUAGUGUUCCGUUGGACAAGAACGAAGUAAAUACUAGAGUUGUUGGAUACCUUGUCGGGGAUUCGCUGACAUGGGUUGAUCUGCUACUGGCUGAAACAGCCACACUUGCUGAAAAAUUCCCUCAGGUCUACGAUGGAUUCCCUGAGGUAAAAGCGCAUGCCGAGAAGAUUCGCUCUAUUCCGGAAUUGAAGAAAUGGCUCGAAACUCGCCCAGACACUAAAUUCUAA